AUGUUUCCUCGUUUUAUUGCUAGACAAAGUUCUUUAAGUUUUAGAUCCGUUCCUUCUAGGAGUAUAGCAUUCCUAAACAAUGGUUCUCGUAUUCGUGGUCUUAAAAGAGAUCCUGCAUCAUAUAUGAAGAAUCCAAAUGGUUUAGAAUAUAAUUCAAUAAAUAAAAUAAUUUGUCAAGAUAAAGUACGUUCAAUUUUAGAAUUUGAUAAAUAUAAUAUUCAAUUAUCUGAUGAAAUUAUUUUACAAUGCUUAACACAUAAAUCAUUUGCUCAUGGUAAAGUACCAUAUAAUGAAAAAUUAUAUUUGUUAGGUGCUCAAUUUUUAAAAUUACGUACUUCAAUACAUUCUUUAAAAAAUGGUAAUAGUUCCAAUCCAAUUAAUGGCAUGCAUUUUACAAAUCUUGGUGAAAUGUCAAAUAAAACUUUAAGUUCAAAACAAAAUAUUACAAACUUAAUUAAAAAUGCUGGAAUUGAUGAUAUAAUCUUUUGGAAAAUGAGAGAUCCAACUGGAACUUCAAAACUUAAUGGUGAAGAUCGUGUUAUUCAUACUGUAUUAAAUUCUUUAAUUGGUGCUAUUUUAACAACAAAUGGUUCACAAACAGCAACUAAAUAUGUUGACGAUUUUUUAUUAAAUAAAGAUAAUAAAUUAUCACUUAUAAAUAGUGCUACGCAAUGA